AUGGCGGCAACGACUGACUGGGUGCCUGGUUCCAGGCUCUUCCCGUGGGACUCGCCAAUCGUGCACGACAACCUGUCCUUUGAGCUGCUCCCGGAGCACAGCUACGACGAACUCCCCGACAUCAAGGCAUAUCUUGCACUUCUGGGAUCGCCCAAGCCCUCGAAGCUCGACGAGCCGGCUAUCCCUUGGUUCUGGCGGCCUCCAGGAACGACAUUUCCUUUGUCUCAGCAAGAGGUGGAGCUGAAGGAGCGCUGCGACGCGGCAGUACGCCGAGGCGUGCAACAACUGCUGAGGAGACGUGAGAGGAACAAGGGCUAUGCGCGUUCAUACUCUUUGUGGUAUCCAUACAGCUGGAUACCAUCGUCUCCGUGGGCCGGUGUACAGCCAGGAUACGAGGGGGAUUUCCGAAGCGAAUGUCUCGCCGAAGGAUGCUCGGACGACGGGACUGGCCUCUCCUUGAGCGCCGACAUGCUACGGGCUUCCACUCGCCGGCGACGGUCGGCCAGAUCUGGCUAA